UUCCAAAAAUGUGCAAGGAAGCGAGGGUCACAGUCGCUGAUGAUGUUCUCGGGAGACACCGUGAUGGCGUGCGACAUGGUUGAGGAAGUGAAUAGCGAUGUCCUUGGCGUUGUGCGAUGUGGGGCAAGGGAUGAAGUGGGCACAUUUAGUCAAGCGGCAAACAAUGACAUAGAUGCAAUCAUGUUCGCGGUCGGUCUUGGGGAGGCCCCAGACGAAGUCCAUAGAGAUGGACUGCCACCGGGCGUGGAUCACGACGAGGAGCUCCUUUUCAUUGGAGAGGUAAUUCAUUUCGGCGGGAAGGAGUUUCUUGCUAGCGAAGGCGAUGGGGUAUUUGCUGGGUGGGGUCUUGGGGUGGGUAGGGGAUUCCUUGAUGGAGGGAGUUUCGGUGGUGACAUGAGGAAAAUUUUGGGACAGGACGGCUCCAAUGGCGAAGUCGGAGGCAUCGGUAGUGACGUAGAAAUGGUGAGUGGGGUCGACGAUCUUGAGGGCGGGGGCGGGGGUGACGAGUUGUUUGAUGGCAUCGAAGGCGUUUUGGCGGUUGUCAUUCCAAGUGAAGGGUUCGUCCUUGCGGGUGAGUUCAUGAAGGGGGUACGAGAUGUCAGAGAAGUUGCGGAUAAAGAGGCGGUAGUAGAUAGAGAGGACUUGGCGGAGAUGCUGAAGGUGGGACUCGAAUGUGGGGCUGUCUCCGAGGAUAUCAUCGAGAUAGACGACGACACAAACUUCGAGGAGGUCGCGGAAGAUGUGCUUCAUUGUAGAUUGGAAUGUGGCGGGGGCGUUCGUGCGUCCGAAGGGCAUCACGAGGAAUUCGUAGUGCCCGAAUCGGGAAUGGAAGGCGGUCUUGUGGGUAUCCUCCUCGCAGAUGCGGAUCUAGUGGAAGCCACUGCGGAGGUCGAUCUUGCUACGCGGUCGGAGAUGGUCGACAUGGUGGUGUUCAUGUUGGCGAUGGAUGAUUGGAUGGAUGUCACCAUGCGGAGAAGUGUCGCGAGAUCGGUGGCAGCAUUGGGUGCUGGUUUGGAGGCAAUGGACUGGCUAGGCCAGUUUGGAUUUCGGGAGGAGCUGCCGGCAGAGAGUGAGGAAGAGAAGGAAGCUUUCCUCAAACUGUUGUUUGAAGUGAAGGAUGAAGCAGAGAAAUGGUUGUUGGUGGAGGAGAAGAGAGCAAGCUUGCACAAUCGCAUGCUACUAAAAAGGAGAAAAGAGUCUGAUGAGAAGAAGAAGAUGAAAGAGCAAGGAGAGAGAUUGCGGCAGAUGUUGCAAGAGCAGAAAGGGAAACAAGUUGCAAUAGAAGAAAGACUUACCCUCCUCACUGACACCCUCCUCCAUACCAAUGAACAACUCGUCGUACUUCAUCAGACCGUAACCAAAGCAGAAGCGCAACAGGGAGAAUUUGCUAAUACCUGGAAUAACUUUCUGAAUAAUGCCUCGCCGCAGAUUGACUUGCGAGUCCGCAAUUAUGUGGAACAGUUAGAUGAAGCUCUCUGCCAGAGACUUAAAGACCCCGCCGCAAUAAAACAAUUGAAGAUUGGUGGUGGGGGAGGAGAUGGAGGCGAUGAUGGAGAUGAUGAGGAUAAGAAAGGGAAGGUUCCUAAGAAGGAAAAAGAUAGUGAAGAGGAAGAAUCCAGGCAAAAGAUGAAGUUGUUGCAGCCCGCGGGGGAGGGCGACAAGGAGGAAGAGGUCGUGGUAGAGGAAGAGGAGGCCACGGUCGAGGUGGAGGAAGAGGACCCGCCGCCCAGAGGGGUAGUGGCGAAGGUUUUACUCACCUCCUACCUGAGAUGCUUUCCAAUGCCUCUCAGGAAUCAGUUGGCAGGUGAGGCCAACAUCAAUGUUCACAACUUUUCCUCGUUCAGCAAGAAGGCCCUAGACCUUGAAGCGAAGAUAGGGCAUGGACAUAAUCCCACAACGGAGGGUAAGAAAAAGACACUGCCUCCCAACUGGAAGAUGAAGGGCCACAUUAUGUUUGUUGAUAACGAUGGUUCAACCAUCGAGUUAGACGACAACUUUCAGGAGGGAGUAGGUUCAGAGGCUGGCAGCGUUGAAGCUUCAGGGGGUGAAGUUGUCGCUGUUGUAGCUCAGAAAGGUGCGCUGAUCACUGAGUUUGGGCUUGAGGACAAUGUUACUCAGUCCAUGGUGAAAGCCUAUCGCGAGGACCCGUUCAUGUCGGAGAUCAUCUGCAGACUCGAAGCAAAGGAAAAAGUGACUUCUGCCAAGUUUGAGUUGGUCAACGACUUGUUGUUCCUUGACAAGGCCGGGAAUAAAGGUUUGUGUGUUCCUAAUAGGGAGUCUUUGCGUAGUUUAUUUCUAGGAGAAUGUCAUGAUGCCACCAGACAUUUUGGCUUUAAGAAGACUGCAGCUAAUCUGUUGCAGCGAUUCUGGUGGUCCACGAUGAUCAGAGUUGCGAAACUGUACGUGGAGACUUGUCAGGUCUGUCAAAGAGACAAGCCACGUACUCAAGCUCCUCUUGGGCUCCUGCAGCCCCUUCCGAUUCCGGAAAGGCCUGGUGAAAGCUUGUCCAUGGACUUCAUGGACACACUGGUCACCAGCAAGAGUGGGAUGAGGCACAUCUUCGUUAUCGUGGAUAGAUUUAGUAAGUAUGCUAGGUUAGUAGCGAUGCCAGAAACAACAAAAACGGAGUAUGUGAUUAGGAUGUUCAAAGAUAACUGGGUCAGGGAUUUUGGUUUACCGAAGUCCAUUAUAAGUGAUAGGGAUGUCCGAUUUACCAGCAAGUUGUGGAAGGCCGCCGCUGCAGAACAGGGAACACAGUUGCAAAUGACUUAUGGGAACCACCCAGAGGCCAAUGACCAAGCCGAGCAACUGAACCGCGCUGUCCAACACCUGUUGAGGCAUUACAUCAAGCCCAACCAGGUGGACUGGGAUGAGAAGCUUGCUCUCAUUGCCAGCCUGUACAACAACGCGGUACACAGCGCUACCGGGGUCAGCCCAAACAACUUACUACUGACUUUUAAGCCUAGACUACCCUUGGAUUUCCUUCUUCCUGAGAACCAGGCAACUGCUGCUCCGGGUACCUUAGAAUUUGCUUACCGGUACGAACAGAAGAUGCAGCAGGCUGUAGAACAGAUGCAGAAGGCAGAGGUGGCUAUGAUAGAAUCUGCGAACAAACACCGCCGUGAGUCUUCGUUUCAGGUUGGGGACAGAGUCUGGGUUAAGUCCUCAGAACUGGGACAGGAGCACGCGAUCUCCCGCAAGCUCAUGCCACAGUACUUUGGACCAUGGGAAGUCUUAGAUAUUGUUGGGACUGAUCCGGAUGGACCUUCUUACGUAGUCCGGAUCCCUGGUCAUUUUCGUACUUACCCCGUCUUUCACGCCUCCAAACUUGCACCUUUUGAAGAAACUGAUCAGUUCCCCUCUCGUCGCUCAAUGCUGCCCCCAACCAUGGACGGAGAGGUGGAUAUCGAUGAUAUCGUGGACCACAGGGAGCUGUCAGUCUCAAGACCAACAGGCAGGGGACGUCCUCCGAAACUGAAGCUGCAGUACCGCGUUCGGUUCCGGCAUCACACUAAGCCGAAGGAAGACCGCUGGUUCACCAGGGAGGAACUCAUGUAGACCGCUCCGCAAGUUGUAGCCCAUUACGAGA